GAGAAAAAAAGUUACCGCGAUUGAAUUUCUCGAGCAGAAGAAGUCAAAACUUCCAAACUCCAAUUCCGUCGCAACCAUGGUCAAGUCAUACUUAAAGUAUGAGUAUUCAAAGUCGUUCGGCGUUGUAGCUUCCAGUACAUCGAACAUCCUUUGGACACAGCAGAACCGCUCUAGUACCGGUGCUGGCCAAGCGCUUGUCGCGGCGAACGAAGAGCUCCUAUGCUGGGACAUCAAGACGGGAGAUAUUGUUGAACGAUGGAGAGACGAGAAAUGCUCCGCUCAGGUGACCGCCAUUGCCCAAAGUCAGAUCAAUGAAGACCUGUUCGCUGCCGGCUACGAGGAUGGCAGCGUCCGACUAUGGCGGAGCAAAGACCCGAGUCCCUUCAUCACCUUCAAUGGACAUCGUUCGGCCAUAACAGUCCUAGCGUUCGAUCGAUCCGGCGUCCGACUUGCGAGCGGUUCGAAAGACACCAAUGUUAUUAUCUGGGAUCUAGUAGCAGAGGUCGGCCAGUUCAAGCUACGAGGACAUAAGGACCAGAUAACGGGACUGCAGUUUGUGGAACCGCAAGAGGAAGUGCAAGAAGGAGAAGAUUCUGAGGCCAUGGUUCUUGACGGUGCAGGCGACUCUUCGUCCGAAGGCUUCCUGCUUACUACUGGAAAAGAUGCGCUGAUUAAACUCUGGGAUUUGGGGUCGAGGCACUGCAUUGAAACGCACAUAGCGCAAACUAAUGGCGAGUGCUGGGCAUUGGGACUUUCUCCAGACUAUAGCGGAUGCAUAACUGCUGGCAAUUCUGGUGAACUGAAGGUCUGGGCUCUCGACGCCACUUUGCUCGCCGCGUCGAGACAGCAAGUCGAUAUUCCUACUAAUACACAAUAUCUGCGAGAUCGAGGGACCUUGUUUCGACACGGAAAAGACAAAGCUACCGAGGUUGUGUUCCACCCCCGCCGGGACUACUUCGCCGUACACGGCUCAGAGAAAUCUGUCGAGAUAUGGAGGAUACGUACCGAAGCCGAGAUCAAGAAGAGCCUAGCGAGAAAGAAGAAGAGAAGAAGGGAGAAGCUUGCGCAGAAAAAGGGGAGCACUACAAACGGCGACGCCCAGCCAGAUGACGAGGAUGACCAGGACGAGGAUAUUAGCAGUGCCGACAUUAAUGACGCUUUUGCUCAGCACCUUAUCAUUCGGACGGGUGGAAAAGUGAGGUCUGUCGAUUGGGCUGAUAUUCAUGGCAAGAAGAAGCUUCAAUUGCUAGUCGGUACAACAAAUAACCAGCUGGAAAUGUUCAAUAUGCCUCUAAAAGAGAAGAGUAAAAAGUCAAAGCAGGAAGACGUUCCCGAUUACGAGAGAGCUUUAUCUAUUGAAAUUCCUGGCCAUCGAGCGGAUAUACGAUCGUUAGCUCUUAGCUCCGACGACAAAUGGCUCGCCUCGGCCUCCAACGGAGGUCUCAAGAUCUGGUCGAUGCUGACGCAGAAAUGUGGCAAAACCUUGGAGUGCGGGUAUGCUCUAUGUUGUGCGUUCUUACCCGGAGACAAGCUUGUCGUCAUUGGUACGAAAGGCGGCGACAUUGAACUAUUUGAAGUGGCUACAGGUACUUUGCUAGAUAGCGUUACUGCACACGAAGGCGCGAUUUGGUCCUUACAAGUUCAUCCGGACGGUAGGUCAAUCGUAUCUGGAAGCGCGGACAAGUCGGCCAAGUUCUGGAAGGUCCAGGUGGUGCAAGAGGAAGUCCUAGGAACGACUCGGACUACAUCGCGUUUGAAGUUAUCGCAUUCGCGAACAUUAAAGGUUUCGGAUGACAUCCUAAGCCUUAAGUUUUCACCAGAUGCGAGGCUUUUGGCUGUUGCUCUACUGGAUAGCACGGUGAAGGUGUUCUUCGUAGACUCCCUCAAAUUAUAUCUCAACCUCUACGGACACAAGCUACCGGUCCUAGAUAUGGAUAUCUCAUACGACAGCAAGCUGAUUGUUACAUGUUCAGCGGAUAAGAAUAUCAGGAUAUGGGGUCUUGAUUUCGGUGAUUGCCACAAAGCAUUAUUGGGACACCAGGACAGUAUUCUCCAGGUCAAAUUUCUGCCGAACAACCGCGAAGGCAAUGGUCACCACUUCUUUAGCGCUAGUAAAGACCGAACGAUAAAAUACUGGGAUGGCGAUAAGUUUGAGCAAAUACAGCGGCUUGAUGGUCAUCACGGAGAAAUAUGGGCUCUGGCGAUUAGCCAAAGCAGCGAACCUCCCUUCAUCGUUAGUGCCAGCCACGACAAGAGCAUCCGAACCUGGGAAGAAACAGAUGAGCAGAUAUUCCUCGAGGAAGAGAGGGAAAAGGAGAUCGAGGAACUGUAUGAGAGCACAUUAACGAAAUCCCUGGAGCAAGAUCUAGAUGCAGACGAGGAUAACGGAGAAAUUGGGGCCGCGACAAAGCAAACAUCAGAAACGCUGAACCAUGGCGAACGAAUCGCAGAGGCAUUAGAGCUCGGCAUGGCUGACUUGCACGUCAUGCGGGAAUGGGAAGAGGCCAAAGCGUCAAACCCGAAUGUUGCGCCGCCGCAGCGCGACCCGAUGUUCAUGGCCCAUGGCGGAAUUAGUGCUGAAGAAUACGUUAUGAAGGUCCUUCAGAGACCGGCAGCAUCCGCGCUGAACGAUGCGCUCCUCGUUCUUCCGUUCGCCUCGGUCCCUAUCCUUUUCACUUUCCUUAACCUCUUCGCUAUGAGGUCGAUGAACAUCCCCCUGACAUGUAGGAUCUUGUUCUUCAUGCUAAAGACACAUCACCGCCAAAUAGUAGCCAGCAGGACUAUGCGAGUGAUGCUAGACGGGAUAAGAUCAAACCUGCGGAAAGCUCUCCAGAGACAAAAGGACGAAAUGGGAUACAACAUAGCAGCGCUCAAAAUUGCGGGCAUGCAGAUUCAGGAUAAGGGAAUUAAAGACUACGUGGACGAGAACUGGGACGACGGCACCGGAGCUCAGAACGUUAAGAAACGGGCUUUCGUACAUGUAUCGUGAUAGAGUUGGACGAUGCAUUAGGUAUCUCUACCUAUAUAUAGUGUUUACAUGGUAUACCAAAUUUAUAAAAAUAGAAAGCACCAAACUUUAUUAUCUUAGUG